GAAGAGAACCGCGGCACUCGUUCAGUAGUUUCUCGGACGCCGCACCGGCAUCAUCCGACCCUGCGAGAUAACCCCGCGCGCGCGCGCGGCCGCGACCCCCGUGUGACAAUUGCGUGCGUGGUACGCGUGGUCCGGCGGCCCGGCUCCCGGUCCUGCCUCGCGCGAACGUCCGAUCGUCGCCCGUAUAUCCCCUUCGAAACUGGAAAAGAUCGAUGGUCGAAUGGUCCUUAUCGAUGAGAUAUUUUCGGAGCAUUUUUAACGGCGUUUGUCGAAACACGCGCGAUCGAUUUUACAAGUCAAUUUUGAAUCUUGUCCCCUUCCUGUCAUGUGAAUCAGUGCAAGUUUGCGACAGAAGUAUUCUACCGCGAGAGAUGUCGAUUAAGAGAGGGGGAGGGUUUAUAUUCUUUCUGCGUGAAUGAUGAUAACUAAUCGUGAAGAAGUGUUAGUGCGUGGGGAUCUACUAGCGCCGAUUUUUUGCGAGAGAAUUAUUCCAUGAUUGAUAGCGACUUCGGAAGAAUACGCGAGAUCCGGAAAAACGGAAAUCGGUGAGACAGAUCGGCGGAGAGGAUCCGCAGAAAAAAAGAGAACGAGAGAGAGAGAGAAGGAGAGAGAAAGAAACCCGUUAAGGCGGUGCGAGGUAACGCGUAUCGACUCUCGCCGAUUAAUAGCAACGCGGAGAGAGAAGGAAGACGAACGAAAGAGAGAGAAGGAGAGGAAGAGACGAGAGAAGACGAAAGAGAGAGAAAGGGAGGAAGAGACGAGGACCGAGCGAGGUCGUCGAAAGUAACCGUUAACGUCAACCUGCAUACUGCGAAAAAAACCGUUUAAAAGAAGAUCAGCCACGCCGAUCAUCAUCGUCGGGGAGCCGAUCGAAUCAAUUCACUAUCAGGAUCAUUCGCAGUGCAUCGACCAUCCUCGGCGAUACAUUCUAUCUAUUUUUCCAUCUGUUUAUAUCGUCAAAACUGAGAUAACACCGUGAACCAGAUGUCACCCCGCGAUUCAUUGAUUCCUCAUCGGCGAUAGAUUGUCCUGGGAUACCGAUACCGACCGGUCAGUUUGAUCCUGACGCGUGCCCGGCGAUAACAGCAAUAAUGCGAGAGUGUCGAAAACGCGAUGCAUGGACGAACCGACAGUAUCUUUAUCAGAAUCUUCAUUCUUCGCGGUUAACAUCUCCCCGAGACGCUAUCUUCAGAGGACGGAAGUGACUGGAAAUCGACUGUGAUGUCAGCUGGCAGCGCGCGCGGCCCUCAGCGAUACUGUAUUAACGACAACGAGGAGGGCGAUAACGAAGACAACGAUCUCGGAGCACCGGUGGAAAAAAGCGAGGGUGGUCUUCGCGCUCUUGCGCGGAAGACGCAAGAGUGAAAGUUGCGACGGCGGUAAAUCCUGCGGGAGACGAUUACAAACGCGGCUAAGGUGGAGGAGAGCAAAGAGAGAAGUGUCGGAUGAGACCGUCAUGCCCGCUGAGGUUGACACGGGCGGGCAUUGGGUGCUGCACUGUAAUUCCCGUGCCGACCGCCCGACUACGACGUCGAUUCACGUGUCGAUUUUCGCGAGACUUCCCGGGAUCGAUGAAGACCGAGGGCCGAGCGAGGCGAGAAGGAGAGCCCUGAAGGAUCGACGACAGCAAAUCGGGAUUCACGCGAGAGAGGUGCAGCCGACGACGAAUUAUCGUAAUCAAAAAUCGCUGUCCGUGCUCGGUUCAUCCACGAGGAUCCCGAGAAUCAACGACCGGGAAGAGACGAUUCCGUCAGCGACGGAUCGCGCGUCAUCGCAGUCCUCGCGUCGAAGACGAAGAGGAGACGGAUUUCUAGCGUACCUCGCGUCGAGGGAAUUCCCGCGCAUAAUCGAGAAUGUUUGUCUCCCGAUCACGUGGAAGUCGCAGGAGAGCGAGGAGAAAGAGCGAGCGGAAUCGCGGCUACGAGACGUCGAGACAAGACAGCCUGACCCCGCGAUAGCGGAUUCGAUUGCAGAGCGUCGAAGUCUCCAAGAUCGAUCCCAGACGCGGCCGCGGCCCGCGGUCUGCGAUAGGAAGAAUCUCGAUAUCCGAUAUCGGCGUCAGACCGAUUGUCUGGGAAGGACGAGGAUAACGGAAGAAAAUUCUCUUCUCUCUAGUCACCGUUCGUGUACUCGCUCGGAGCAGCGAUCCUUCGGGGAGGAUGAUGAGGGAUUUCUCGGCGAGCAAUUUAACGACACGCGACCGGACGAGAGCGCGCGAUCGAACCGCGAUUCGGGAGGACUCGAUGAACGCUCGGCGAAGCAGGAGAGGGAGCGGAUCGAAAGGCUCGACCAGGACAGGAAGAGGAUCAGAAACAGGCGCGCGUACCGCGUCCGCUCGUUCCUUCAACUGGCCUUUCUUCUCUUCCUCGUCGCCUUCGGGCGAUGCGGACCCGGCUUGUCGGGUGUGAUUAAGUUCAGUGCGAGACCGACCGCGAGUGUUCUGGGGAUCGGCGCGAUUAUUAGUGCAGUGAGUGCAAGAUCGAUCGAUCUGACCGGUGACGCGGGCACCCGCGCCGAAAGAUCGGCCAAUCUCUCGCACAUCACCGGGUCCUCGCGAAAGAUACAGAUGUACGUUAGGAAUCGUCAUCUACAAAUCCUGCCGGAUGGCACGGUGAACGGCUCCAAUGAUGAUUCCUCCGAUUAUACGAUUUUUCAAAGGAUAUCGGUAUCGAGAGGUCAAUUAAAGAUUCAAGGCGUAGCAACCUGUCUUUACCUCUGCAUGGACUCCUGCGGUCUACUUUACGGUUCUCGCGAAUUUACAAUCGACUGCGUCUUCAAUGAAACCUUGGAGCAACAUAAUUACAACACUUACAGCUCGGCACGCUGGUCCACGACAAAAAAGACGCUGUAUCUUGGCUUGGACCGCCGCGGCCGCUCAAAGAAAGUAAUAGUAACUAGAGGUCAUCACCUGGGUAAACUAUCGGCCUAUGCCCGAGUGUUGACGAAGGUGGCUCCGUUUGAUCGAGUAGAAGCCCUUCACAGGCGGAUGUUGGGCGCACAACACAACGUGCGCCAUCGACAUCAUCGUCAUCUGUCACAUGGCGGUAACAUGGCGCAACAAUCCGUCUGUCCCACUCUGCCGCCUCAAGAGAAGGACAACAGGGACAUCUUCAGAUGCCGUAAACGAAAGAAGAGGAAGAAGCGGAAGCGACGGUGUAGACCGGACGAGCAGCCUGGUCCCCAGUGCCGAGUCGUCGAGGAAUCUACCACGAGUCCCACGGACAUCGACGCGUCUUCGGAGAUGAGCAACAUCACCACCCCGGAAUCUAAAAGAUCCUGCGAGGGGGCGGCCAGCGAGGAGGCCUGCAGACGUCAGGCUCUUUCGGUACCGGCGAAGAAGCGGAAGUCACGGAUAGACGGCGGCGACGGCGGCAGCAGCGGAAAUCUCAACAACGGUAAGAACAAAGCAUCAACAUCAAACGCGAAAAAGCCAAACGUCAACAUCGCCGAUAGUCAAAGUAAAAAGCCUGAUUUGACGGACGGGAAAAAGACGAAGAGGAAGGGUCCACCGAGCAGAGGGAAAGCGAUGGUCCCGUCCCGGAGGCAGUACGAGUCUGGCACAGUCCAGACCUUUUUGCCGCUAACAACGCCCACCAGCGAAGAGCAGCAGGUCUCGACAGCCAUAUCAUCCUCGUUGCCGUCUCCUCUUGGUGUGUCAACCGCUCCCUCCUCCGCCAGAAGGUCGAAUUCGCCGUCUUCUGGCCGUAGGAAACCGUCGCCGUCUUCGAGGAAUCACGUCACGAGACCGAUGAGCUCGCUUAGGAAAGGAAAGUCGUUUUCAAGUUCGCUGGGUCGAGCGAAAUCGACGCCGAUGAGCGAGAUAAAUCUCCCGUCGACUACCAAAGUUCCUGAAACCACGAGCGCGUGGUAUGCCACAUCUUUUCCUCAACUUCCUACAUCCUCGUCAGUUCCCUCCUCUUCGUCCUUGCUCUGGCAGUCGGCCGAAAACUCUACAAAUUCACUGUCGAACUCUUCGCUCGUUGAUGAGGAAUCGCUCUCAACCGUCACGAGCGAAUUUACGACUGAAAUGGUAGAGUCGAUUGCGGAAACGACAUUCAGACAGGACGAGUAGGAUGUCAAUGGUUCUAAUAUGAUCGAGACAAUCCCGAGAACGACUACAAAAUUUCUUAUGAAACUAUUGGCAAUAUGACGUUUCUCAUUUUUUCGAAUGGUAGGAGGAUAUCUGCGAAUGUCAUUGUAAACUAUGUGUAUAUAGAAAUCACUCUAUACGUACUACAACUUACUCCACUUUCGUAUACGACAAGUAUACAUGUGGUGUAUGAUAUCGUGCCGAAGUUUCCAUACUCGCGAUAUAAGGGGACCGAUAUGG